AUGCCUCUACUCAACCUACCAAACGAGAUACUCCUGCAAAUCCUAGGAUGUAUCACCAAAGGAGCCGACAUCAACUCGCUCAUCCAAACAAACCGGCACCUGUACACGCUCGGGAAACCAUACCUCUACCGCCAAAAUGCAACCCACCACAACAGCAUGGCGUUAGACUGGGGCGCACAAAAAAAUCGUCUCGACACCAUGCGAAGCGCUUUGGAGCACGGCGCGGAUGUCGAGGCAACAUUUGACGGGCCCGUGAAACCCACGGGGCUGCGGGCGCUGCAUAGAGCCGCAGAUAUCGGUGCCAAAGACGCCAUCAAGCUCCUCCUGGACCAUGGCGCCGACCCGAACGUCCCCAGCGCGUUCGGAACUGCACUACUACUCGCUUGUAGAAGAGGGCACCUCGGGGCCGUCGAAGCGCUGUUAGAGAGCCCAGACAUUGACCCCAAUGCGGUUGGUAAUAGCAGAGUAAAGGACACGCCCCUGUGCUGCGCUGUCGACGGUGGCCAUUUUGAGAUCGUGGAGAGAUUGUUAGCCUGUGAGCGUGUGGACGUAAAUCAGCCCAGUUUGGAUCGUGGCAUGACCCCGCUCUACAUAUCGGUGAUCAUGAGGGAUCACGAAGUGGGACAGCGCAUGACAGGCCUCCUUCUAGCACACCCCGACAUUGAUCCAAAUUUAGCGAAUGGUGAUGGGUGGCCAACGCCACUUAUGGAGGCUGCAAUGGCGGGCGAUAUUGUGCGAUUCCGCUCGCUCCUCGAGCAUCCACGUCUUGAUCUGAGCGCGCGGGAUGACCAGGGAAAGCCGGUACUAUCUUAUGCGGUGCUAUCUAGAAAUACUGAGCUCGUCCAGUUGAUGCUAGAUCGUGGGGCGAAUCUUAACGAGGAGUACCGUGACGGUAGCUCAGCCCUUGCAGACGCAGCCCGCUAUUCUCGUGCAAGCAUGGUCCCCUUCUUGCUUGCCCGCGGCGCAGAUCCGCGAAUCGGACUGCCAUUACACGCGGCGGUCUGGUUGGACAUUGGCGCUGUGCAACCGCUCCUAGCUGACCCCAGGACUGAGGUCAACGCACGGGACCGGCAAGGACGGACAGCGCUUUCCCACGCGGCGGAGAAUCACCGGGACGGUGCUGUUGAGGCGUUACUUCGACAUCCCAACAUUGAUGUGGACAUUAAGGAUGGAGACGGUAUGACGGCAGCAAACAUUGCAGAGCGAGAGGGUUGGCACGAUAUAGUGGAUUUGCUGCGGGCGUUUGAAUCGAGGACAUGA